UUGUCUUUCUCUUCCUCUUCUCUUCUAUUUCUUUCGCCGGCUCUCUCUCUCUCUUACGGAACACAGCUGAAAGCCUGAAAGCCUGAAAGCAGCAGCUCUACGUCCACCUUCCAAUGGCUUCGGUCAACCCCUAUUGCUCCUCAAUGGCUCUUUCCCCUUCUCCAGGGCACAAUAGUCUAUAUCCUGGGACUUGGCUUGCAGCAAAUGGGCGAUUAUCCGGUUUUGUCACACCGAGUGUGUCUUGGAAAUUGUGCCUUGGUUCCAAGGGAUCAAUUAAGGCAAGAGCUUUGCUGGGAGAAGAUGGUCUCCUGUCUUACUCUAAUGGCAACCCAACUGGGAUUGAAAUACAACCUGACACAUUAGGUUUUGGAACACUUUCAGCUGAAACAACCCCGACGUUUAGUGGGUUCUCUACCGAAUAUGAUGAAUAUGAUCUAGAUCACCCUGUGCAAGGAUUUUCUUCCAUUCCGGAGGCCAUUGAAGAUAUACGUCAAGGCAAGAUGGUUGUCGUUGUAGAUGAUGAAGAUAGAGAAAACGAGGGAGAUCUUAUAAUGGCAGCUUCCUUGGCAACACCAGAAGCUAUGGCAUUUAUUGUGAAGCACGGAACUGGGAUUGUUUGUGUGAGCAUGAAAGGAGAUGACUUGGAGAGGUUGCAACUUCCACUUAUGGUGACAAAGAAUGAAGAAAAACUUUGUACGGCAUUCACUGUCUCAGUGGAUGCAAAACAUGGUGUAACAACUGGUGUUUCAGCUCGUGAUAGAGCUGCUACAGUCUUGUCACUUGCAUCAAGGGAUUCAAAACCUGAAGAUUUCAACCGCCCGGGACAUAUCUUUCCCCUAAAGUACAGAGAGGGAGGAGUUCUAAAAAGAGCCGGUCACACUGAAGCUUCAGUUGAUCUUGCUAUGUUGGCUGGGCUUGAUCCAGUUGCAGUUUUAUGUGAAAUUGUGGAUGAUGACGGUUCUAUGGCUAGGUUACCAAAGCUUCGUGAAUUUGCAAGGGCAGAAAACUUGAAAAUUAUUUCCAUUGCUGAUUUGAUAAGAUAUAGGAGGAAACGAGAUAAGUUGGUAGAGAGGGCUGGAGCUGCAAGAAUACCCACAAUGUGGGGUCCAUUUGAAGCCUACUGUUAUAAAUCAUUGCUCGAUGGGAUUGAGCACAUUGCUAUGGUGAAAGGUAACAUUGCUGAUGGGCAAGAAAUACUUGUAAGGGUACAUUCUGAGUGCCUCACUGGUGACAUAUUUGGGUCAGCCAGGUGUGACUGUGGAAAACAGCUGGCACUUGCAAUGAAGCAAAUUGAAGCAGCUGGUAGGGGUGUUUUGGUGUAUCUUCGUGGACAUGAAGGUAGAGGAAUUGGUUUGGGUCACAAGCUCCGAGCUUAUAAACUGCAGGAUGCUGGGCGUGACACUGUUGAAGCCAAUGAGGAGCUGGGAUUACCUGUUGAUUCUCGUGAGUAUGGCAUAGGUGCACAGAUACUACGAGAUCUAGGUGUUCGAACGAUGAAGCUGAUGACUAACAACCCUGCAAAAUAUAUUGGCCUCAAGGGUUAUGGUUUGGCCAUUGCUGGCAGAGUCCCAUUGUUGGCACCGAUAACUAUGGAGAAUCGGAAAUACCUGGAGACCAAACGGGCAAAAAUGGGGCACAUAUAUGGUUCAAAAUCCAAUGGUCAUGUAAAUGGCACAAUCGAUGAAAGUAGUUCGAAAAUUGACAACCAAUCUACUGAUGUGUCCGAGAAAUGAACACGUUGGUUUCCACGCUAACAGCCGGAGAAUCAAAGGGGUAGGUGACCAUCAGAGUUAUUCAUAUGUAUGACGUGACAAGAACUUUUAUGUUACAUUUCAAAUGUGGUUGGUGCUUUGUUAGAUACAUCCAUUCAUUGGAGGAGGAAGAUUUGUGUUUGGCUUGCAGGAAAAAUAAAGGCUGGAUCGGAUUAAAUUUUGUCAUUAGCAAUGAUAUGGAAUAGCUAAGGACAAAUUCUGAGGCUGAGAUUAUUAUAUUCAUGGUUAACACAUUUUUUAAACUGUUGUUUCUCUCGUGAUUACGAGAGAAACUUACGUGCACCUGUUGUAUCCGACAUCUUUCAUGCAUUUGCAACAUCAAUGCUAGUGGCCUCUUUUUGAAUGUUUA